AUCGCCUCGGCCUCUCGGAGCCAGCCGAAGUGGCCGCCAUUCAAGACCGUCUGCUGGCGGCUUUCAGAAUGCAAUUGGAGCGUAACCGACGCUCCAUGUCUGGAGGAGCAAUCGUGUCUAGCGAGCACGCUUUGCUGGGUCAAGCCGUUGCCGGGAUUAGCCAAUUGGCCGGUCUCGGCCAAAUUAUGCAGGGAAACAUGCGCUGGUAUCGCGACAACUGGUACCGCACUCGACUGGCCCCAUUGUACGCGGAGAUAUAUGACAUUCCACACGAGGAAACAGCGACGCCCGCAAUGGCCGCGGCCGCGGCGGCUGCAGCCGCCGCAGCUAUCGCUAAUGCAGCCGCCGUCGCCACGACUGCUGUUGCUGCCGCCUCCAUGGCGCCUGGUGUGCUGAUGGCCCCAGGCUCGCACCACCACCACCCAAGCCCACCCUCGGCAGGCUCAACCGGCUCUCUGCAGCAUCCUAGUCCGCAUUCGCAUCCCGCCCCACAAAUGCCCUCGCCGGCUCCCCAUCCGACCGCCCACCCGCACAGUCACGCACAUGCACACGGUCUGACCGCCGCCCAUCAAGCCCAUCAAGCCCACAACCUGAGCCACUUUCAACUGGCAUACCCAACUGUUGCUAACCACAUGCCUCUGGCGUCAGGCUCCACGGCCUCAGCAUCCUCUAGCCGAUCCGAUCUACCGCCCGUGGUCACCUAUGCUGGUCGGUAUGCGGGCGCGACAUAUCCGCACCCUGGUGAUGGCCGAGGCAUUGGCAGCGGUGUCGGGACAGCAGGAAGCAGUGGCGGGGUGAGCAACUCGUGUCCCGGCUCCACGGGCGAGGGCACUGGCUACCUGAGCCACGAUUCCCUCGGGACUCAUGCUCCUCUUCUGGUACAGCAUCACUAUCCAUCCUCGGCCUCGACCGCAGUUGUCACCAGUACCGGCACCGCUCCCGUGCCUACACUUAAUACUGCCACAACUUCAUCAAAUUCUCCCUCUUCCUCUUCUUCCUCAUCGUCAUCCUCUUCCUCGUCGUCAUCCUCCUCUUCCGCCGCCGCCUCAUCCUCCUCAUCUACUCUACCCUCACUGACUCUAUCAGCCGUUGGCAACUCUACUAGUGGCAGUGGCCUCGCAGGGCAUAGCAUCGCCUCCAUCACCUCAUCCAACGGCUACUACGCACCCAGCAGUUCCAGCAGCCCUGGGUCCAUUUGCGCCUCCGCCUCGGUCGCAUCAGCCAUCAACACAUCCACUCUCAUUUCCGCUUCUGCACCCACUCCCUCUUCUUCUUCGUCCACCCCUUCUUCCUCUUCAUCGUCUCUCUCGACGGCCUCUCCUGUUUCCUGUUCCUCAUCUUGCUCUUCUUCUUCUUCCUCAUCUUCCUCUUCUUGUUCUUCCUCCUUAAUCUCGCGUUCCAUCUCCUCAUCGGGUUCCCAUGCUGCCACGCUCACCGGCGGCAACGUCAGCGCCACUAGCUACGCCAGCCUGGGCAGGUCUUUGUCACCGCCAUGCUCCACUAUGAAUGCCAAGGCGGCCGAAUAUGCUGGCCACAUGCGUCGUAUUAGCGCGACCGCCGUCGCAGAG